AAUUGUUAAGGGUAAUAGAAUAGUAGGCUUGCGGUUAACUUUGAUUUUGAAUAAAUGUUAUUAUAUUAAUAAUAUCAAUCAUAGAUCUACGCUAAAUUAGUCCGCUACUAUGUCUAUAACGACACUGUACUAUUUACAGUUAAAAAAGGAAAAUGCCCAUGAAGAUGCCAUAUGGUGCUGCUGCUGGAGCCAAAUUUGUCACGAAAAAAGUAAAGAAGUUACCGAAAAUUCAGAAACCAUUGAAAACUCACAAGAUUCAAACCAUUCCCAAGAGCCACCGGAUAACUACAUAAUCACUGGGGGUAUUGAUGACAUAAUCAAGAUAUGGCAAUUAGACAAUGGAAAGUUGGAGAUCAAACAUCAACUAGAAGGCCAUUCCCUCGGCUUAAUAUCUGUUGUUGUAAGUCCUGAUGGAAAAACUCUAGCUAGUAGUUCUCAAGACUCGUCCUUAAUUCUGUGGGACAUUGCGUCAGGAGAAAAGUUAAAGACUAUGGAGACAGGAACAUCGGAUGUAUGGACCCUGGACUUCUCUCCAGAUGGUAAACAUGUAAUCUCAGGCAGUAAUGCCGGCAAAGUGUUAAUAUUUGGAGUUGAGAGUGGUAAACAUGAACAGACAUUAGACACAAGAGGAAAGUUCACACUUAGUGUGGCAUAUAGUCCAGAUGGUAAAUAUAUUGCAAGUGGUGCAUUAGAUGGUAUUAUCAAUAUAUUUGACGUAGCGCAAGGCAAGCUGAUGCAUACUCUUGAAGGGCAUGCUAUGCCUAUAAGAAGUUUAUGUUUCUCCCCUGACUCUCAGUUGUUGUUGACUGCUUCUGACGAUGGACAUAUGAAGCUCUAUGAUGUUGUUCAUGCGAAUUUGGCUGGAACAUUAUCUGGACAUGCUUCAUGGGUACUCUCGGUUGCAUUUUCACCAGACGGUAAGAGAUUUGUGUCUGGAAGCUCCGAUAGAACUGUUCGAGUAUGGGACUUGGAUAGUAUGCAAUGUCAACAUGUAUUUAAAGAGCAUACUGAUCAGGUUUGGGGUGUAAAAUUCAAUGCAGAAAGUAAUAAAAUUAUAUCAAUAUCAGAAGAUAAAAGCUUGAAUAUUUAUGACUGCCCAUUAUAAUAGCUGUAUGUAAUAAAAACUACAACAAAAAAGUUUGCUUUCAUUA